AUGGUAGAGAUCAGUGAUGCUGCUGCUAUGGAGAUGACAGUUUCAGUUUCUACAGAAAGGCUUCCGGUUCUGCAGCGUGAACCAUGGAAUAAUAAUAAUAAUAAUAGCUAUGUGGUGGAAUUGGCAUCUUCUUCGUCUUCCGGUUCGAGUUCUUCAAGUUCCGGUUUGGAUCAUGUUCGUUACAAUAACAAGUCAAAGUUAGGUAGAGGCGGUUGGAAUUCAGAUGGGCGAUUAGUAACACCGCCACCAAGUCAGGAGAGAUUCAGAAGAAAGCAAGCUAAGAAGGAGAUCCUGAGGAGGGCUUUGACGCCGCCGGUCAAGCGGCCGACUUUGCGGUGGUUGGAUUUCCGGCCGACUCCCAGCCGGCUACGCGUUAUGUCUACCGAGUGA